AUGGCGGAGCAGGAAGGCCCCGAGAGCCCUCGGCGGUCGGCGGGCGGGCGGAAGAUGUCCCUGCAGAGAUGUGAAACAUGUAGCAAAGAGGAAGCUAAGUACAGAUGUCCACGAUGCAUGAAAUACUCGUGCAGUCUGUUGUGUGUAAAGAAGCAUAAGCUUGCACUGAGCUGUAAUGGAGUCAGGGAUAAAACAGCGUUUGUCUCUGUAAAUGAAUUUACUGACUUGAACCUUUUGAGCGAUUAUCGUUUCCUGGAAGAUGUAGGAAGGACAGCUGAUGCUGCUGCUCGACAUCCUACUAUGCAUAGUCCAACCACAAAAAAACUUUUGUAUUGCUUGAGAAACAAAGCUCGAAGGUGUGAUAUUGACUUGAGAACGCUGCCCAUUGGAUUUACAAAAAGAAGAGAAAAUUCAACCACCUUCAAUUGCAUGGAGAAAAAGUUCUACUGGCAUUUGAAGCUCGUGUUUCCUCACUGUCACGCUGAAUACACUUUAAAAGGGGUGCCUGACGAUAAAACACUCGCUGAUAUCCUUAAGCCAUACAUUGAUCCAGUGGAGUCAGAUCCUGUAGUUUGUCAAAGAUUAAAAAUCUAUACAGUGUCUCCUCAGUCAGAUGUACAAAUUUUAAUGAAAAUAGAAAACAGGAAGCAAAACUCUGUCAGGUACAAUGAACUGGAUGCCAGUAGAAGCCUCCUAGACAAUUUGAAAGGCAAAGUAAUAAUUGAGUAUCCAACGUUAUUUGUGGUCUUGAAAACAUUGAAGAAUGACAUGGUGGUUCUUGGCCAAGAUGCCAGUGAACCUGCAGAGAACUCGGACAGUGAAAGUUCAUCCCUUUCAUCUAUGGAAGAAGGGGAAAUUCGGGACAGUUCAUGACGGUUCUUUGAGAGAAGAGGGUGGAA